UUGCAUGGAGCAUGAAUGUGUAGCGUCGCGUUCACGUAGACUUCCACUAGUUCUUGAUAAAACCCCACUUCUUCGCACCACCAAAUCACAAACCUUUCGACCAGAGAGAGAAAUCCCAGCCGUAUAACUUGAUCAUCCAAAAGAUGUUUGAGAUCGUUCAGGCGGUUUUCGCUGCCGCGGCUGCACUAGCUCUUAUGACAUUCGCCGGUAUAACCCUCGGCGGCUCAGUGGUUGCAUUAGUCGUAAGCACACCGCUUUUUGUCAUUUUCAGUCCGGUUCUCGUGCCAGCCACUAUAGCCACUACAUUGCUAGCUUCAGGUUUCACAGCCUCCGGUUCCUUUGGUGCCACGGCUCUCACCAUCCUUGCGUGGCUCUACAAGAAACGCACAGGGAAGGAUCUGCCAAAAAUUCCCGGAUUGACGCCACCGUCUAGUCCAGCAUCAUCGGGAAAAUAGGAUUAGGCGUUUCCUAAUAACGGAUGCUAUAUAUCAUAUGGAGGAACGUAACGUGGUCAUACUUAAUUACUAGCCUGGGUUCCAUAAAUAAAAUAAAAACUUACCCAUCUUCUCUUUUAAUAAAAUACUAGUUACGUUACCCCCGGGAUAUCUCCAGUGUCAUUCCAUUGAUGUAUAUCGAAUGUUACAAAAGAAGUAUAAUAAAUGUACCCAUUUUUAUUGUUUGUAAUGAAGUAAUAUCAUUGAGAAUAUUGCCAUAUA